AUGGCAGCAGCCAAAGAAGAGGAGUCUCUGCUGCCCCGGCUCCCGCAGCUGUUCGAAACCAGCAAACAACUUCUGGAAGAAGUGGAAGAAGCAGCUGAACCCACCACUGCCCCCAUGGUCCAGAAGAAGGUGUUGAAGGGGCUAGACCUCCUUGAGAAGGCAGCUAAAAUGUUAUCACAGCUCGACUUGUUCAGCAGAAAUGAAGAUUUGGAAGAGAUCGCUUCCACUGACUUGAAGUACCUGAUGGUGCCUGCACUCCAAGGAGCGUUCAUGAUGAAACAAGUCAGCCCUGACAAGCGCCUAGACCACUUGCAGUGGGCUCGAGAACACUUUAUAUACUACUUAACUCAGUGCCAAUUCUAUCAUGUGGAAGAGUUCGAGUUGCCUCAAACCAAGGACAACCCAGCUGAAAAUAACACUGCUAGUUCCUCCAUGGCCUACCCUAGCCUUGUUUCCAUGGCAUCUCACAGACAGGCUACAAUAGAGAGAUACAAACAGAAGAAGGAGGUGGAGCAGAGGUUGUCUGCAAUGAAAUCUGCUGUGGAAAGUGGUCAAGUAGAUGAUGAGCAUGUCCGGGAGUACUACCUCCUUCACCUCCGAAGGUGGAUCAGUAUCAGCUUAGAGGAGAUUGAGAGCAUUGACCAGGAGAUACAGAUCCUGAGAGAAAAAGGCCCUUCAAAAGAGGCAUCGACUUUGCACUCAGCUCUUCAGGACAGGCCUGCAGGAAGACCCUUCAUUCUCACUCGGAAUGUGGCCCAAGCCAAAGUAUUUGGAGCUAGUUAUCCAAGUCUGGCAUCGAUGGCGGUGAAUGACUGGUAUGAUCAGCAAGAGAAAUGUGGAACAUUACCAGAUCAGGGAACAGCCAAGACAGUAUCAGAAGUCAAAACAACAGCUUGGCAACAGGAAGAUCAGGAAGAAGAGGAGGAAGAGGACUGUGAUUCAACACCCCACCAAGCUCAGGAAUGGGAUGACUGGAAGGACACUCAUCCUAGGGCCUACGGCAACCGACAGAACAUGGGUUAG